AUGUCUGACAGUUCUGAACAGCUGGACGCGGGGUCGUCACAGCCUCCUUUGGUGGCCGAUAACCAGAAACAAUGCAGUGCUAUAGGCCUGGCGGAUAACAAGCCAUGCGGCAUGCAAGCCACUUCUGCCAAUGGCCUUUUCUGCUAUUUUCAUUCAAAGCAAUGCUAUGGCUUAUAUAAGGGUUACAAGCGCCGCAAUGCACAACUCGAUGCCCUCGCAGAGACGGCCCCCGCCUAUCUGGCCAACAGCCGCAAGCCUCUGGCAAGCCUGGACUUUUUGGACUUGAGCGACGAAAGGCAGCUGGAAGAAAUCCAGCACCACCUCUUUCAUCAAUAUACUCUCCUAGACCGUGUCAUCAGGGCACGAAAACUCCACCAUACUCACUUCUACGCGCAAACCAUGGAUUACGGCCAUGAAAAGUACCUCAACUCUCUGAUCACACAGAAGCUCACUGCUUUGAGAGCCUUGGAGCGGGUAGUCCAUCGUAGGGCGGAGGUAUUGUAUCAUCACCGGAGCUGGUACAGCUGGACACGCGAGUAUCAGCAAGAGAUCGACAAUCAGCGUGAAACCGAACAAAAGAGAGUCAAGCGCGAAGCAGCUCUUUUCCGACGCCAAGCGAAAGAGAUCCAGCGACGUAUGCAAGAAUUGCGGGCCAAGGAAGACGCCCAACGGCAAGAGGAGUAUCUAGAACAGGCGUAUCAGCAGAGGCUCGCUGAAGAGUCGGAUGCCGAAUCAUGGGAUCCAAUCGAGGAUGUUCUGGAGAAUGAACGUGGGACCUAUGUUGAUCUCAUCACGCACUUCCUGUGGUUAAAGGACCAAAGUCCGGAAUCUACCAUUCCGGACUCCACAACGCUGAGGGAAGGCACAGCUGCAAACAAGUCUGAGAAGGAAAACAGUCAAUCAAUCCACAGACCAGGUGGAGAAGAGGCCCUCCCAGUGCCGGAAAAAGAACCAUCGGGGCCACAGAAAGCCAGAAAGAAGAAAAAGGGCGCAAAGCACAAAAAGACCCAGGAGAAGUCGAAUCAGGAUUCGGAAUUAGUCGCGGUCAACUCUGUCAAGGAGACAUCUUCUCCCCGCUCUCGGUCUACGCCGGUUGUUACGAGCACCCCACCACAGCGUCCUGAUAAGGAGCCCGACUACUCACAGAUUGAAAGUCGUGAAGAAAUGCGAUCGAGGCUUCUCCAAGGAACCAAGAUAAGGCAGGUGAUCGUGAUGAGCAAAGAGGAAAGGCUUGAGCGUAUGCCGCCAAUGCCCGCGCCAGAGGUUGACCGCCUCCUUGAAGAAAUUGCAGAGAUCAAGAGCUAUCUUUUCUGCCGCCUCUUACUGGGAAACUCGGUUCUUUUACCCUCGGCUAUGAAAGCCGCCAAUUUCCAGGAGCUCUUCAAUGACCCCGAAGUGAAAACUCAGGAUCUACGAGACUUAUGUCUGAAACUAGAGCAGCCUCAGCUGCAAGAAAUUCGAGACGCUUGUGCAGAUUUCUUUCGCCGAGAUGGAGCGACGGAAGAAGGGCCAGAAGAGGAUUCAGACGAGGGUGACAGCUCAGAAGACGAUGUAGACGACGCUCCUGUAAGGAAAAGAAAGAGCAAACACCCACUUCCUCCAGUAUGGCAGUCAAAGAGAGAAAAGGCAAAGAAAGCGGCUGGCAAAAGACCUCCUCCAGAGAUGAUGGAGGCUUUGAAGCAUAUGGAUGCCACAGAACAAGAACCGGGAAGUCGUAUUGACUUUGGUGCAAUGAACGACGCUCGAAAUAUCAAGCAGACCAAUUCGCGAGUCAAGAUAUGCGGUCGUUACAUCUACAACUAUCCAAGUGAGAGCCGGCUCAGCCGCGGUGGCUGGCUGCACUUCAACAUUAUUGCAAAAGACUGCAGUCUGUUCAAAGCCGUCGAACUUUGCAAGUCAUGGGACGAGUUUUAUGAGCUGAGCUUACUGACAGUCUAUGUUUAUUUCCCAUCUCCGCAGUGGCUCCGCUGGGCCGUAGGGUCAAUCAGACAGCACUAUCUCCACGCAGGCUUUGUUCCAUUCUAUGUAUCGGAUGAUACAAGUGAGAUCAAUGUUUAA